CUUUGCACUAGGCAUAGCUCGACUCGACUUUUCUCUUUGUUGGAUUAGGUGCGAGAUUCUUCUCCUCCUUUCUUUUCAGUGUCAUAUAGCUGUUUUACAUUCUUGAAUUGGUUUUUAUGUUCUGCUCCUAUCUCUUUAAUAUUGGUUCAUGCUCAUGGAUGAGAUACCCUGUUUUGCCUUCUACUGUUCGUUUACUGAUUCUCCUUUACCCAAUAAAAUGAUGGUAAUCUCUGUAGGUAGAGUAAUCUUGUGGUUUGUGGGUUUGAGUAGAGUACUUUUUCCACGCAAUUUAAGAUCCAAUGCUACUUGAUUGCAGCAAAUUGAUUUCUUUCCACUGCUGUUUUCAUUGAAGAGCUGAAAUCAUGGUGGUGGGAACAGGGAGUAAGGCGUUUCUGGUAGUUUCAUUUCUUCCCCUAUCAUGGCUUGAAUCCUGUUUUUCAUGCAAACAACACAUUUCCUGUUUCUCAUGGUCAUGUUUGGUUGAGCAAGAUUCAAGCUACACCUUUUUUUUCAAUAGCCUUUCUUUUUUUUUUACUAAGAUUUUCACUCAACUAUUUUUUAUUUGUGUGCCUAACCAAUUUGAACAAUUUAGAAACUGAAAAAAAGGGUGAAUCUGAAAGGGCCAAGAUUGGUUGCCAGGCUAAGAGCAGAACUGAAUCGUGCAAGAGAGCGUCUGGAGAAACAGAAAGCAAAGGCGAGACGGAAAGAAAUAAAAUGUUCUAAAAGGAGAAAGAGGAAUGAAUUCUUCUGGAAGGAAGAUGCAUGCAUCCGACAUGGUAUUGAUCUUACCCUUGGUAUCCUAGAUGCAGAAGAUGAGGGUGACUUUGUCAGAGCUGAUCAUCUUAGGCAGUCUAGGAGGUUGGGUUCAUUAAAACAAAUUCAAGUUCUUAUAUUUAUGCGUUUCAUAUAUUAAAUUUCCUUUUUGGAUCGGCAAGUGAGACAUAACUUUCUCUUUUUCUUUUGCUAGUGAGUUGGUGGCCAAGCACAUGGAAGAAACACAAGAUUUCUUGAAUGGUGCACUUAACUGAAACUUGGACCAAACAGUCAGCCCUGCAUAUGUUGUUUCCCUACCAAGUUUGUGUGUUAUGUAAUGUAAUGGCUAUGUUUGACUUCUAUGUUCUAAUCUCUGUUUCAAGUCAGUUUAUGUGGAUCAUUGUUGUCUAUGUUGGCUACUUGCUUUGCAAAUAAAGAUGGCUGUUUGCU